CAUGAUAAUUGGGUACUUCUUCCACCACUUGAGGAAUGUCCACUGCUUGGUAGCCUUGCAACUCCCUGUCCGCGCUCCUGCUACAGGGAAUCCGUCACACACAAGUCAGUAAAUGUGUGCAUCAUUUGCAUCCGGGCAUUCUGUCGAGAUGGUCAUGGCGGAGGGUACUGCAGUUCUGAGGAGGAAUCGGCCUGGAACCAAGGCGAAGGAUUUCUACAACUGGCCAGAUGAAUCCUUUGAAGAGAUGGACAGCACGCUGGCUGUACAACAGUACAUUCAGCAGAACAUCCGGUCAGACUGCUCCGGUAUCGAUAAGAUCCUAGAGCCACCAGAGGGACAGGACGAAGGGGUGUGGAAGUACGAGCACCUCAGGCAAUUUUGUCUGGAGCUGAAUGGACUCGCUGUGAAACUGCAGAGCGAGUGCCACCCAGACACCUGCACCCAGAUGACAGCCACAGAACAGUGGAUAUUCCUGUGUGCUGCACACAAGACCCCCAAAGAGUGCCCUGCCAUUGACUACACCAGGCACACGCUGGACGGAGCUGCCUGCCUUCUCAACAGCAACAAGUAUUUCCCCAGCCGUGUGAGCAUCAAGGAGUCCUCAGUGGCCAAGCUGGGUUCUGUGUGUCGCCGGAUCUACAGGAUAUUCUCCCAUGCUUACUUCCACCAUCGCCAGAUAUUUGACAAGUAUGAGAACGAGACCUUUCUGUGCCAUCGGUUCACGCGCUUCGUGAUGAAGUACAACCUGAUGUCCAAGGACAACCUGAUCGUUCCUAUCCUGGAGGAGGAGGUCCAGAACACCUCAGCCGGGGAGAGCGAGGCCUGAGAGGAGAGCUGCACACAGGAGACCAGACGUGAGUUCAAAUACUAGUAUUCAAAUACUGCUUGAUUGAGCUUGCCUGUUGCAAUGAAACCAAUGAGAGUCCCACAAGGCAAACCCCACCCACCUGGUACUCCAGGCAGGCUAAAGCAAACACUCAAAGUAUUUGAAGAGAUUUCGGAUAGUAUUUGAACCCAGGUCUGAUGCAGCUACACACUAGCCAGUCUCACUACUCUGUGGGGAAUGUUGCUUUAACCUUUUGAGCAGCUGGAUUUACAAAACCUACAUUUAACCAUAAUGUGUUGAUGACAAAGGCACACCCUUAUGGGCUCCCUGUACAUAACCCCUGCUGUCCCCCCCCCCCACUACUAUCAUAUGUUUGCUGGUGCUUUGCUUUCUCCCCGUUGCUUUUGUUCUAUCACUGAAUUCCAAAUAGACUCCUUGCCACUCCUGUAGAUCUGAGGCUUGGGUAGGUGGAAGAAUAUGCAGACAUUUCCAGGAAACCCAUUUGGAGGCAAGAUGAAGCUAUGACCAUAAUGCUUCUCUGUAUCCAAUCUUCUCUAGUUUACAGGUGUACCUAGGGUUUAGAGGCUAGGGGUCCAUUUGUGGUUCAGAAGCCCUCUAUGCUUGUGUUGCUCUGAGUGCACACCUCCUUCCUCCUCAUCAUCAUUAAGUUAUUUUGUGGGAGGAGUCUUGUCUAUCCGCCCACUUUUUAUUUUCCUUUAAAAUACAUUUUACUGUCAACAUUUGUCUUAAUAAAAAGACUAUUACCCUGUUGUUGACCCCAACAAAAAUCCCUUUAUGUAUAAUUUGGCCCCAUCUGUUAUGACUUAAUUUUUUAAAUACAGCUUGUAAAAGUCAUGGGAUCAUUUGAGAGGUUUACACCUGGAUGAAGAAGGCAGAUGUGAGUGUGGGGCCACCACGGAACUGUCAAGAAUUAACUUGUCCUCUCCAUGGCCUCUCCUAUUUAGCCUAGUGCUUUAAAAGUAAAUAAUUGGUCAGUAAAUGUGAGGAAAUCAUGGGCAUGUGUUUUUCUAAAUGUGAGGAAUAAGGAGAAAUAGCUGUUUAAUAAAAUAAACACUGAUGACAAAAGGAAGCAAAAUAUUACAUUCUCAAAUGAAACACUGCAACAGGUAAAUACUGAUGUUUCACCAUCCCCAAAACAAGGGGGCUCAUAAACCUGUAUUGUAUAACUACAAAUGUCCAUCUCUAGUAAUACUAUAACAUCUACGAUAUGUACAUCAUUGUGGUGUUCUCUUACACAACAAACCCUUUAAUAGUGUUAUUAAACAAAUGUCACUGAGUCAUCUCCCUUAGUAACACAAUAGGGCUUUUGUCUGAGGAAAGGAAUCAUUGGGCAGAAUGAAAACAAUUGAGGCCUGAUAACCAGUACCAUGUGGCUAUGAUAAAAUAACUACCAGCUAUUUCUAAUGACAGUAGGUGCAGGAAUAGAAUAGGUCCUGAUCUGAUGCCAAUGAAUAAAAAUGCACGCUAAUGACCGUGAACAAUAGAUUUAAGCACCAAUCAGACAAUACAUUUAUAGCCCUGAUGUACAUAUCUAGAGAAGGUUCAGUAUGUUAUCAAUUCAUUCCCAGGCAGUCCGGUAUAUGGAAAUAAAUCUUACCCAUGCAAUUACUGUACAAAUCUUCUCCAGGCCUGAACUCAAAACACCCCUAGUUUUACAACUAUCACAGAAAGAGGUCUGUUUGAAUAAUAUUGCUGAAUGCUGCAAGGCCCUGGACAGUACCACCACCAGACAGCGAGCGUGUAUUUGUCCGCCUGGUACGUUUCCAUCCAGCUGGGUGUGUUUGAGACAACAGGGGAGAGGAGCUGGUGGCAGGAAAGGGAAUACCUAGUCAGCUGCACUACAAUGUAUUUAGCCCAACCCAAUGUAGCUGUGCUGUUUGUCUGGCCCGUUUCCCCUUGAGCCAGAGUAGGUGUGAUGUUACACGUCAGAGGAGGUAAAGUUGUAUUGAACGGAGGUGUUGGCAGUUCUGGGGGAGGGGGUCCCAAAACAUGGGGACACGUUCCACCAACCAGUUGUGUAGUUGGUCAGAGUUCAGUCCAGUGGUCUGGGUGUGUCUGCAUGGAAGCUUCUUCCUGGUUCCCCCAGUCACUGUGGAGAUGUCCUGUGCUUUCUGCUGGUCACAGUUGUGUGAAAGUGUGUGUGUGUUCUUAUAUGAAAAGGUGCUGUGUGAACGAUGAGAUGUGUGAAUCUGGACUGAUAAGUGCAUAUGUGUGGGUACGAACAAAAGUGUCUCGACAGCUUGCUUUUCCCAACAAAAUGUAUAAAAAUGGAAAUAACACCAUCUCAAAAUUGUAAAUAUGGCUUCAUAAUAAAAAAAAAGUGCCAA